UAGAUCCCCAACGAAGAUAACAGGCCCACAGCAGGGUAGGUCAGCCCCACCUUUAUUCAUCCUUAUAUUUCUAAGGACCAGAACUCAGCCUGGCCCGUAACAGGCAAUCAGUACGUGUUUACUUGGAUAGCAAAGCUAAAGGGCUUCCUCAGGCAGAUUUUAAACUCCCACCAAAAGCAAACAUCCAGCUCGCCUCUGUUUCCCGCUCAUUUUCCAGUUUUCCAUGGAGCAGUCAGCCUGAGAGUCCACUUAGAAUCUCCUCCAUGGCUUUCUUGAUCGUAGCCCUCCAAAUUUCAGGUGGCCGCUUCCUUCGCUGGGGGCGGCGCCUGGACACCGGCGUCCCGCGCCAGGGCGGCCUCGGUGUGCCGGACGCAGGGUGAGGAGCAGCCUUCCGCGCUAGGCGGCGAGAGAGCGCAGUGCUGGACGGCUCGCUGGGCGCACCGGACCUUGCCGCGUGGGUAGGCAAGUGGGAGCGGUGGGGGGACCCAGUCCUAGAAGCGGGGCACCCUGGACUUGGCGAGCACCAGCUGAGCGUCCCCUACUUUAGGGUCCCGGGACUCCAAGGUCCCGGCGCUCUAGAAGGACCCAGGCCGCUGGCAUCAACGCCUUCGCGUCUAGGAUUUUGUGCAUCGGCGGUCUCAAGGGCGUUUUUUCCCUCCGAUCCGCUGCAACGCCGGGAGCUGGGCUGGGCAGUGGCGAGGUGAGACCUCGCGGCCCGCUCACCAGCGCCCCGUUACCUGCUGAGCGCCUUCGAGCCAUUCCAGAGGGGGCAUGUUUCAGGUGGGCAGGGCCAGCAUCCCCAAGCCUGCCCCCCGGAACCUGGAGGACCUGGACUCCGUGCAGCGCGUCCUGUUACACAGUGACCUAGAACCUGAAUGGCUAGAUAGUGUACAGAAAAAUGGAGAGCUGUUUUAUUUGGAAUUAAGUGAGGAUGAAGAAGAAAGCCGCCUUCCUGAAAUACCACCAACAGUGAACCAUGUCAGAUUCAGUGAAAAUGAGAUUAUCAUUGAAGAGGAUGAUUACAAAGAAAGAAAGAAGUAUGAACCCAAACUCAAGCGGUUUACCAAAAUUUUAAAAAGUAAAAGACUUUUACCCAAGCGCUACAAUAAAAAAAAUAGCAAUGAUAAUGGACCGGUAUCCAUUUUAAAACAUCAGUCCAAUCAGAAAACAGGGGUCAUUGUCCAACAACAGUACAAAGAUGUGACCGUUUAUGUAAACCCCAAAAAACUAACUGUCACUAAAGCCAAAGAGCAGCUCAAACUUCUGGAAGUGCUGGUUGGGAUUAUCCAUCAGACCAAGUGGAGCUGGAGAAGAACGGGAAAACAGGGCAAUGGAGAGAGGCUUGUGGUCCAUGGCCUGUUGCCAGGAGGAUCUGCUAUGAAAAGUGGUCAGAUACUAAUUGGUGAUGUGCUUGUUGCUGUCAAUGAUGUUGAUGUUACCUCUGAAAACAUAGAAAGAGUUUUGUCUUGCAUUCCUGGACCUAUGCAGGUGAAACUGACAUUCGAAAAUGCAUAUGCUGUGAAAAAGGAAAAAACCCAACCAAGAAAGAAAAAGGCAAAUUUGAACACAAAUGAUUUAGUCAAACUUCUAUGGGAAGAAGAGGCUGAAGACAACCAGCAGAAUAUCCAUAAUACUCCGCAUAUCAUUAUGUAUCUCACACUACAGCUCGACUCAGAAACAUCAAAGGAAGAGCAAGAAAUUCUUUAUCAUUAUCCAAUGUCUGAAGCAUCUCAGAAACUUAAAAGUGUGAGAGGGAUUUUUCUCACACUCUGUGACAUGCUGGAAAAUGUAACUGGGACACAAGUUACUAGCUCAUCCCUCUUUUUAAAUGGAAAACAAAUUCAUGUAGCUUAUUUGAAAGAAACUGAGAAGUUGUUGCUAAUUGGCCUGCCUGCUGAAGAAGUUCCUCUUCCUCAACUAAGGAAUAUGAUAAAAGAUAUUGCCCAAACCCUAAAAUUUAUGUAUGGUUCUUUAGAUAGCUCUCAUUUCUUAAGUGCCUUCUGCCAGGUUGAGAAUGUUCCCCGUUUGGAUCAUUUUUUCAACUUGUUCUUUCAAAGAGCACUUCAGCCUGCUAAACUACAUUCUAGUGCCAGUCCCAGUGUUCAACAGUAUGAUGCUGCCAGUGCAGUACUUUUAGACAAUCUCCCUGGAGUUCGGUGGCUCCCACUUCCACAGGAAAUCAAGAUGGAAUUAGACACAGCAUUAAGUGACUUGGAGGCUGCAGACUUUGCAGAACUGUCUGAAGAUUACUAUGACAUGAGACGGCUAUAUACAAUUUUGGGGUCUUCUCUAUUUUACAGGGGCUACUUGAUAUGCAGUCAUUUGCCUAAGGAUGACCUUAUUGAGAUUGCUCUUUACUGUCGCUACUAUGGGCUGCUACCUUUAGCAGCAAAACAAAGAAUUGGUCAGUUGAUAAUAUGGAGAGAAGUGUUUCCUCAUCAUCACCUCCAACCUUCCUCAGCCUCAAACACUGAAGUCUUUCAGGAACCUGAAGGGAGAUAUUUUUUGCUAAUUGUUGGACUGAGACAUUAUAUGUUAUGUGUACUACUAGAAGCUGGAGGCUGUGCAUCCAAAGCUGUUGGGAAUCCUGGCCCAGACUGUAUAUAUGUAGAUCAAAUCAGAACUACUCUUCACCAGCUAGAAGGAACAGAUUCCCGCAUAAAUGAACGGCUAGCCUCUUCUCCAAGCCCCUGUUUGUCUUGUGCAGACUGGUUCCUUGCCGGUCCACGGGAAAAAACAGAUGGUUUAGCCACUUCACCUAUCCUUAGUAGGCUACAAGGUACUACCAAAGCUACAGCCUCUCCAAUGUGCAGAAGAACCCUUUUUGGUGACUAUUCUUUAAAGACACGGAAGCCUAGUCCCUCCCAAAGCAGUGGAGGACCUGACAAUGGUUGUGAAGGUGGAGAAGGUACUGGCCUUAGCCCUCACCCUACACCUGAUGCAGUACUGAAGCAAAGAGAAUCUCAGGGCUUUGAUGGUUCAGAAGAAAGUGGGGCCUUGCUUAAGGGCACUAAAAAGAAGUCUACUCUUUCAAAUCCAUUUCAUUUGGGAAAUUCGAAAAAGGAUCUUUCAGAAAAAGAACUAGAAAUAUAUAACACAAUGAAAUUGACAUCUGGUCCUGAGAACACGCUUUUCCACUAUGUUGCCUUGGAAACAGUACAAGGAAUCUUCAUCACACCUACUCAUGAAGAGGUGGCACAGCUCGGUGGCUCUGUGCACUCUCAACUUAUAAAAAAUUUCCAUCAGUGUUGUCUUUCCAUUCGUGCACUUUUCCAAAAGGCAUUGAUAGAAGAGAAAAAGAAAGCACUAAAUGGCACAGAUGAUUUGGAUUCUACAAAUUCAGUAUCUUCUUUGAAUCCUGUGAAAGAACAUGGUGUGUUGUUCGAAUGCUCACUUGAAAACUGGACUGAUCAGAAAAAAACACCACCAGUUAUGGCUUACUGGGUAGUAGGGAGACUCUUUCUUCAUCCAAAACCUCAGGAACUUUAUGUCUGUUUUCAUGACUCGGUCACAGAAAUUGCCAUUGAAAUGGCUUUUAAAUUAUUCUUUGGAUUAACCUUGUAGCUGUGUUUUUAUGAUGUAUAGUCAUAACGUGUAUAGCAUAGAAUAGUGUUAGAUUUGCUGAAAUCUAUAUACAAAGGAAAGGUUUAGCUUCUUUUUACUUUUCAAUGUUGGACAUAAUUUUGCUAAAUAUUAAUAUGAAGUGCUGUUGAAUUUGAUGCAUCAAUCUUAUGUAGUGUUGUGAAGGUUUUGAGAUGAUACUUGAUCAAAAUAAGGGAUUAUUAAUUUAUUGCCAUCUUGGUACAUAAUGUUAAUUUAUUGUCUAAUUUAAAAUAAUGUGAGGUGUUUCACAUAAAAAGUGAAAAUCCUAUUAUGGGAAAAUAUCCAAUUUGUUGUUUAUUUUUCUCCAAACUAAUUGAUAUCUGGUGAAAGAAUCAAGAUAUUGGGAGGAGGUGACCAGGUUCUGUAAUUAAUUAAUGUGGUAACAUGAGCAAAUAUUUGUUCUCUCUGAGGUCAGAGUUUUCAUGUACCAGUGAGAUUAUUACAUUGGGGUUUUGAAAAUCCUAAGUAAAAUAUGCUAUUAUUUUGUUUUCCUUGUCUACAGUGGAUCGUACCUAAAUUUGUAAUAUUUAAGUACUGAUUUCUUAACUGAUCAAAAUACUUUUUUAAAAAGUAUCUUAAUAAAUACCUCAACUGCAGGGGAAGAUGGGAAAGAUGAAAAAUAAACUUACUUUUAUUUAUUUGAUUCUAUUCACUCUUUUAAGUAAGCUCAAAUUUACUAAGAUGUAUUUUUUAAAUUGUAAACUUUCAUUGUUGUUUCUUUUUGUUGAAGUACAUUCAGCUACACAGCACCUGCCUGGCAAGUACAAAGUCGUGAGUUCAAUUCUCAGUACCAAAAAAAAAUAGGUACAUUCAGCUAGACACAUAUUUUAGAUGGAACAUGAGUUUUAAGAAGGUUGUGUGUAAAUCUUUUAAAAAUACAAUCAUGUUCUUUGGUAAAAUACUAAGUUUUAUCUUCUUAUAUGGAUCAUUAUGUAUAGGGUUUUUCUAAAGGGGAAGCACUUAAAUGAAUAAUAGUUCAAUUCACUUUUAGUAGAAAAAAAUUGAGAAUUUACUUUGGCUCUGAGAAUUUGGCAGAUUAAGGGAAAGGAAUGAUAAAACAAAUAUUACAUUUUUAAUUGAUAGUUACCCAGUGGAUCGUGUAGACUCAUUCCCUCAAAACUUUUCAAUACUGGAUUGUUUAUUCUUCAGAAUUUACAUGUUGGAAGAUAACUUAUACUAGCCCAUCUAAAAUCAGUCUCUGCAUUUCCCCCUCCUCACAAGAGACUACUAGUUUGAACUAAUUGCCAGACAUAGUCUGCAACACUUGAAUCACUUGUUCUUAGAAGCAGUAUUAUCCCUUUGUCAUCACUUUUUGAGAUUGUCAACCAGGUGUUUAAGAUGCAAACCACAGCACAUUUAUCUCAUUUGACUUGUGGGCCUUAAUUUUGGCAUCCAAGUCAGGAUAAGAAACUUGGUUCUUGAACUUUUAUAGAAAUAUAGCUUGAAAGAUCCUUCCCUUAAGAUCACAAUGUUGAAUAAGUGGUAGACUACUGUCUUAUGCGUGCAUAUAUGUAUAUUAAGGUACUUUCUUUAAAUGUAUUUAUUAAAAUUAUGGAUAUGGCCCCAAAACACCAUGAGCUACUUCUACUACUAAUAAAUAUUAUUAAAUGUAACUGUUGAUCACCUCAGGUUUUCUUUGGCAGAAUUAAGACUUGGAAUUUUAAUAUAGGGAACUUUUUGCUUCAUUUAAUACUUUGAUCUGCUAAUACUUUCCUGGCAUCAAAGAAUCAUGAGACCUCCACUCAGUGACUGAAAUAAAAAAUGCAAAGCAGACUGCUGAUCUUAACAAAAGGAGCAUCAUUUUCAUUUGCUAUAUUAUAUAUAUGUACUGUAUUUUCCAUGUUUCAGAGGCACUACUUUUGGGAGGGGGUGAUCUUGGGGUCUUCAGCACUGAUCUACAUCCCACCCUAUUUUUUUUUUUUUUUUUUUUAAGACAGGGUUUAGCUAAGUUGCUCAGUUGACGUG